UCCUGUAAUGAAGCAAUUGAAUGAGUCUGGUAUUAAAAGGACAGCUUCUGAUAGUCCAGGAAUAAAGGAAGAUAAUUAUACACCACAACCUAGCAUCGAAACCCUCGAGGAAGCUGAUAGAGGAGAGUUUGAGCAAGUUGGUUUGAUCAGGAAUUCGAAGACUUUGAACAAAGAUGAUAAAAUGAUGAAUUCAAGUAACGACUUACCACAAAAGCGGUCUAAAGCAGCAUGUCAAAGGUGCAAGAGUCGUAAGACAAAGUGCUCAGGUCAUAAUCCAUGCAGAUCAUGUAUAAGUGGUGGACAUGAAUGUAUAUAUCCUAGAAAAGCUAAGAGGAUUCAUGUAUUGGAUGUUGAAUUAGAGAAGUAUAAAGAAGAAAUUGAGAGCUUGAAGAAUGAACUAAUGUUUUAUAAAAAUAGAAUGGGAGUCAUAUCUGGGAAAGAAUCAACACCGACCCACCAAAGUAAGGAGUCAGGUUCUAAAAUAGAUUUUUCAAUUUGGUUAGGUUCAGCGUCUUGUGAAUUAAUCUGUUGGAACUUGAAAGAAUUUGCAAAAACAAAGAUGCUGAACAACAAUAAGAGAUACAUCAAGGAUAAAGGUUUCACCAUCUCCCCUGAUUUUAGCUCAUUCAUCGAAGAAAAAGCCUAUGAUUAUAUUUUGGAUCAUACAGAACCAGAAGUCUUUAACAAAGAUGUACUUGAGAAAACUCUUAAAGGUCUUACCUAUAACGAAACAAUGUCACUUUUAGAUAAUGUCGUAUUAUUUAUUAAUUCUGGUUAUUUAACUGUGGAUCCUAGGGAUUUUAGAAUAAAAUCUCGAGAGUAUUUCAAUAAAGAUGGAUACUUUGAUAUCAACUCUAUAAAAAAUGAAAAAACUGAUUUCUUCCUAUUCAAAAUGUUGAUGAUUUUGACAUUAGGAGAAGUGUAUAGUAGAAGAUCAGUGAUAUCACCGUUUUCACAGCAAUUAUUUGAGGAUAAAACCCUUCCAGGAUUGAAAUAUUUUAAGAUCAUUGUAAAAUUUAUACCAACCCCAUUUCAAUUAUUAUCUUUGAAGGAGGAAAAUGUCAAUGCAACUAUUCAAGUGAUUGAGCUAUUUGGAUUAAUUGCCAUUUACUUAAGAUGUUUAGAUAAAAAACAAUUGGCGGUUUUAUUCACAUUAAAUGCCUUAGAAUUAGGAAUAUCAAUUAAUUUGCAUAAAGAACAAAAUCCAAAAUCCAAUCAUAAUCUAUACGAUCAUUAUAAUAAGAUUUGGUGGGCAACAUAUUGUUUGAAUAGGUUUUAUAGUUCAAGGAUAGGACAGCCAUUAUUACUAAGUCCCAAUGAAAUAACUAGAUCAUAUCCACAACAAAGUCGCUUUAAUAUAAAUAGCGUUGUGCCACAAAGUAAAGAUGAUUUUGCCAAUUCUGAUGCUAUGAGGUUUUAUAUUGAAUUAGCUAAAAUAUCGGAUAUAAUAACUAACGAUUUAUAUUGUUUGAAACAACCUUUUGAUAAUAAAGAUUAUUUCAAUAAGACUUUAAAGAUUAUGGAAAGAUUAUUGAAUUGGGUUGAUGAUAUACCGGAUUAUUUGAAAUUGAAGAUGCCCCAAGAUGAAUCGAAAAAGAUUGUUGAUGAAAAUAAUCGAUUAGUUUAUACUUUGCAUUUGAACUAUCUUCACCAUAUUUAUUUAGCAUGUAUUCCAAUAUUAAUAAACCUUGCUAAAUCGAGUCUAAUGGCUUUUAAUCAAAAUGGGAAAUCAAAAGAGUUGGACUUAACAACAUUACCUAGAAACAUAACCAAAUUGAUUACAGCUUGCAUUAAUGCAUCGGAGGCUACGAUAAAUAUAUUUACAAUUGUUUAUCAAGAACAAUUAUUAAGAGUGUUUGGAUUUACUGAUUUGGACUAUUUAUUGAGUUCAUCGUUAAUUUUCAUCAUCUGCAUGAUCUUAAGGAUCAAAAUCCCACCAUCUCGAAAUCAGUUCACUAGUCAAAACUAUACAUUUGAAGAAUACCUUGAAGUUACCAUGAACUUAAUAUACGAAAUGAAAAAGCGAGGUAAUCUUGUGGCUAAAGGUAAAUUAGAUCAAAUAAUUGAUUUGAUAGAAUCCUUACAAAGUUUAUUCAUUGAAGCCGGAUAU